GUGCGGCACCGGCGCGCGCUUAGAUGUAGGACGCAGCCGCACGCGAGAGCAACACGCGGCGCGGCGUGCGCGCCCCUGGGGCACGGCGCCAGUGUCGCGCCGCCGCCGUGCAGCGCGCCGCGCCUGCUCCUCGCUCCCCGCGUUUCCCACAGAAGGUGCGUGGCGCAACGGGCAGCCGGCACAGCUGCACCUGCUCCUCACUCCGCACCGCAAGGCGGCCGCAGAGCUCAUCCAACGCUUGGCGCUGGCCCGAGGGCAAUCCACGACGACGCCUCGCAGGCCCCCUUAUAAGUGUCAGGGGCGCAGGACGCAGCGUCCUGCACCCUCAUCCUCUCCUCCAGGCUCUCGCUCUCCACGCCGCGGCCGCGGUCCCUCACGCUCUCUUCACACUCACUGUCUCUUUCCGGUCUCUUCUCUCUUACGAUGCGUCUCGCCCUUGUCCUCGCCGCGGCCUCGCUGCUCUCGGCGCCCGCGCUCGCCCACGCCUCCUCCGACGCCCUCGCCGCGCGCGCCGGCGCUGCCCUCGAGCCGCUGGCGUACGAGCCGGCGCGCCGGCGCGCCCACGCCCAGACCGACGCCGAGCUCGUCGAGGCCCGCGAUGCCGCCGAGGUGGCGCCCGAGCUCGAUGCCGAGGCGCACGACCUCGUCGAGACGGCGGCGCAGGGCUACCUCGCCACGCGCCAGAGCCCGCGCUUCCGCUACGGCGGCGCCGACCAGGGCGCCGACACGGUGCGCGGCGUCUCCGCCGGCGGCUGGCUCGUGCUCGAGAGCUUCAUCACGCCCGGCGUGUUCGACGCCACGGGCCCGCUGAGCAAGACGGGCGUCGUCGACGAGUGGACGUGGGGCAAGAACCUCGAGCGCGGCAAGGCCGUGAGCGUGCUGCAGCGCCACCUCAACACCUUCUACUCCGAGCAGGACUUCAAGGACAUGAAGGCCGCCAACCUCAACCACGUGCGCAUCCCCAUCGGCUACUGGGCGUUCGACGUGCAGGGCAACGAGCCGUUCAUCAAGCUCAACCAGUACGACCUGCUGAAGCAGGCGUGCAUCUGGGCGGGCAACGCCGGGCUCAAGGUGCUCAUCGACCUGCACGGCGCGCCGGGCAGCCAGAACGGCUUCGACCACUCGGGGCGCAAGCGCUCGCGCCAGCACUGGACGGACAACCGCAGCAACAUCGACCGCACGCUGGCCAUCAUCAGCACCAUGGCAAAGGAGUUCUCGCAGGACAAGUACCGCAGCAGCGUCGCGGCCAUCGAGCUGCUCAACGAGCCCAACGGCAUGAACCUCGACGUGCUGAAGCAGUACUACCGCGACGGCUACGGCCGCAUGCGCCAGUACUCGAGCGACAUUGCCGUCGUGCUCUCGCCCGGCUUCACGGACCCGUCGUCGGGCAAGGCGUGGCGCGACAACUGGAGCCGCUUCCUCACGGCCGCCGACGGCGGGCAGAGCGUCAUCGAGGAUGCGCACCCGUACACCAUCUUCAGCAUGGGCCAGAUCCGCAUGAAGGCGCAGGACCGGCAGAACGUGUACUGCGGCAAGCGCGGCGCCUACCGCGAUGCCAACCGCAACAGCAAGUGGCUCGUCGUCGGCGAGUGGACGCCCGCGUUCACCGACUGCGCCAUCAACCUCAACGGCCGCGGCGUCGGCAGCCGCUACGACGGCACGCACCCCGAUGCGCAGGGCCAGAAGUACGGCAGCUGUGGCCCCAAGCGCGGCCCGGCCGAGGGCUGGAGCGCCGGCUACAAGAAGCUGCUGGCGCGCAUGUGGAGCGUGCAGCGCGACGCCUACUCUGUGGGGUCCGGGUGGAUCCAAUGGAGCUGGAAAACGCAGGCGGGGUUCGCCGAGGAGUGGUCGUACCAGAAGGGCCUGCAGCACGGCUGGAUCCCGCGCGACGCCGACCGCGGCAGCGUCUCGGACUUCCACUGCUGAGCGCAUCCAGCGCCUUUCGGACCCGCAUCGCCUGUCUCGCAUCAUCCCUUGCCCUCGCUCGGCUCGCAUCCCGCCGUGGCCCCACGCUGAGCGCCGCAGUUGCGCCGCGCUCUCACCCCCAAAUUCCCCGUCCUGCUGAGCCGGCUGCCUGGCUCGCGGACACCGUCUCCUAC